GCUUCGAACCUCCAUCCAACAACAGGCUCAACGCUUCCGAGCGUGUCCUCGGUUCACCCGGCCGCCGACGCUUGAACAUCCCCAAUACGUUUGCUGGCCUUUAGGAGAAGGACAUCAAUCGGCAGCAGCCCGGGCAUGUCGACCUGGACGAGUCCUUUGGGGAGUUCGAAAACAUACCAUUGACCGAUGCUCCCAACACGCCUGUAAAGGCCGGGAAGCAAGGCCAUACUCCGGUACACAACGAAGACAUACAACAAGAACCGACACCAUCUCGCCUAGUCGUCGGUGAUGGCCUGGUUCCCAGCCAUGACUUCAAGCAGACCUCUGAAGAAACCAAAGCAUCCACUUUCCGUCACCGAAUGUUCUCUUUCGAAAGCCCUUCCGAUUCACCGGAACUCAAGGUGAUGCCUAACAAAGACGGAACGGAGAUCAGGAGGUCCCUUGAUGCGGAAUCUUUCUUCGACCGAAUCUUUCCCGUCCGCAGUACUUCGUCUUCCUACCCAUCCGAAGGUGUCAAAAGCCCCGAGCUUACAGUUUCCCCUCCCAUGACCUUCGGCAGACGCAUUUUGUCAAGUCUGGAAUCUUACGGCUUUUCAACCUCUUCGUUUUUGCGAAGCAGUGAGGAGUCAGUUGGUUCUCGUCAGCAUCAUAGACUUAACCCAGCCGCUGUGGAGGGUGCGUUAAGAGAGAUCUAUCGGGAGCAGGAGGCGGCAACGAACAAUGAAGUCAUCGAAUGUGAAACUCAGCCCUCGGUGGCAGGCGAUAACAAAAGUAUCAAGAUCACCAAGCAGGAGUUGGCCAAGCCCGAGGUCGAACACAUCGAGGAUAUUGGGCACAGGAAGACGCCCAGCCUCAACGGCAGCGACGCCAAGGAAGUCAUCGCCGAUAUCUCAGCCGUCAACACAGAGCUCAUCAUCAGCUUAGCCAAUGCCGCCCUGCACAGAGGCAAAAGCAACAGCUCCAUGCUCCCCAGACAGCGUCGACGCUCAACCGGACCCGACAAUACAGGAGAAACACCCUUCCCCUCGCUUGACCUAGCUCCCUGUGGUCGCGCUCUGGCCUCCUCCAAAGCCGGGCUACUGUCGGAAGAAGCUCUCACCAAGAAGUGGUUUGUUCGCAAGUUUCGUGCGAAGAGGAAGGGGGUCUCGAAGAGAUUCAAGACAAAGACCAAGGCCAGGAAGGAGAAGAAGAAGAGGAUCUUGGAGCUACCUAAGGUUGAGGACACUAUUGUUGCCCCAGUUACUGGUGAGGAAGUUGAAUCUGUUAUUGUGCCUCUUACCGUUCUCGAGAAACCUGCUACAGCCCCUGUUACUGCUAUUCAGGUUGAUGCUGUCAAGGCAGAGCUGAAGCAAGUUGAACAAAUUGCUAGUGAUGAGCAUGUGUCGGUUGCUGAAAAGGAACUGACAAUCAAAGCCGUGGUGGAAAAGAAGAUCGGGUCAGAUGAGGGAAGUGUCGAAGAGGUGGAGGAUAUCACGGUUGAGAUUCAUGUGGUUGAUGCUUCUACUUGUGUUGCAUGAUUCUAAUCGCUUCCAAAAGGGUGUUCACUUAUGUCUUGACGAGGUUGGCACUUCAAAGAAUGUUUAUGACAAAGUUUAGGUUUGCUAAGGAGGAGUUCAUGCACCAGUAUCAUGUAUACCAAAACGGACAGGGGUUGUGUACCUCCAUGAGUUACAAAUAUUCUCAUCAGAAAUUCAUUCUUGGUGACUUG